UAGUUGCCUUUUUCCGCGCAGACAGCGACGUCCAUCAUUUUUUCGGGCCCUCAAAUCGACUGCCGCGCAUUUCUUACGCUAAAAUAAAACACGUUCAACCAAUAGUGUAGCUCCGUUCCGCUGACUCCGUUCGUCGUAGGGUUACGAAAACAGGCGUACAUUUUACACUGCUAGCGGUUUGUUAGCUAAAACAGAGCUAGCACAGAAAAAGAACGCGCACCCUGCUGCAGCGGCCGUCCAGAUCCCAGCAAAACUCCAUUCUAGGAAGAAGGAAAACUACAAACACUGCUGCCGACGAAAAAGCCAUCCCGGCCGAAACCAGCAAAGAUGAACGUCGAGGAGGAGGUGUUUAGAAUCCAGAAAAAGCUCGGGAAAAUGACCUCGCUCUCGGAUGGAUCGGGUCAAGAGCAAGCACUCGAUCUUCUCCGGGAGCUGCAACGACUGAACAUCGAUCUGGACAUUCUGACCAAGACGCGCAUCGGCAUGACAGUGAACGAGCUGCGCAAGUGCAGUAAAGACGAUGAGGUGAUUAGCCUGGCCAAAUCGCUCAUCAAAAGCUGGAAACGUUUCCUUGCCGGGACUCCUCCUUCGAAGGACGGAUCGAAGGAUUCGAAAUCGUCCAGUAAAUCCUCCAGCAAGUCGAGCAGUAAAUCGUCCGACGGUAGCAACGCGGGCAGCGGCGGUCGUGAUGGUGGCGUUAUGGGCGAGAAAAAUGCCAGCGGAGGCGGUGGAGGAGCCGGCAACAAGAAGGACUCCGAUCGGGAGAAAGAAAGCAAAUCGAAAGCUCCACCCGCCAGCAGCAUGUCGAUGCAGUCGAGCAACACGACCGAUGCUGUCCGAUUGAAGUGUCGGGAGAUGCUGGCGAACGCGCUGCGCGUUGACGGGGAGCCGCCCGAGGGCUGCCAGACACCGGAGGAGCUGGGCGAGGAGCUGGAGGAGGCAAUCUUUGUCGAGUUCAAAAACACCGACAUGCGGUACAAAAACCGUGUCCGGUCGCGCGUUGCCAACCUGAAGGAUCCGAAGAAUCCUAGCCUGCGGGCGAACUUUGUCAGCGGGGCUAUCACGGCCCAACGGCUGGCCAAGAUGACCUCGGAGGAGAUGGCGAGCGACGAGAUGAAGCAUUUGCGUGAUCGGUUCGUGAAGGAGGCGAUCAACGACGCGCAGCUCGCCAUGGUGCAGGGUACCAAGACGGAUCUGCUCAAGUGCGGUAAGUGCAAGAAGCGCAACUGCACUUACAACCAGCUGCAGACGCGAAGCGCUGAUGAACCGAUGACCACGUUCGUCAUGUGCAAUGAGUGUGGCCACCGCUGGAAAUUUUGCUAGAUUGUGGAACGAUGCUGGGCUCCCUGGUUUCAUACAGCUUCCGGGAAGAAUCACUAGGGAAAAAUUAUCAUCAUUUGUGUCGCAAUGGCCCUAAUAUUCCCGGCGAUUUCCACCUACUACUUCUACAAUUACUAAACCACAUAUGGAACACUUGGUUUUAACUAGACGUACUGAUAAAAAGCGGACAUCGGAAUGUUGCAAAAAAGUGGAAUUACAACUAUUUGCUUUCAUCCAAUAUUAACAACUAAUUUUGUUGGUUAACCAUUGGAGAAGCCCUUUGAAUAUACAUGAUUCAUUUUCUUUUACCAAACCCCAACAUGGUAAACUAGUUUUCGCCUUAUAAAACGAUAUACGUUCGUUCUUGAUUGUACCAAACAAGUUCUAUGAGGAAUCUUCUUUUUAUUCCUAUUGUAAUAGAAUGGACAUUGUUCGAUAUGAUUUUUGGGUUAAUGAACCCUCAAAAUCAUAUAACCGCUUCAUUAAGCUAAAUAAGAUGUGUGGUGUUCUUCCCUAUGUACCCCCCCGAGAAACCCCAUGUCUUUCGUGACUGCUUUUUUUCGAUGGUUUAGAUAACUUUAAUCAUAAGUAAACGAAUGUGCAAAUGUGCCCAUAGCAGCGGUACAUCCGAAACAUACACAAUCAUCCCUUAUUGCUCACCCCCAACAAACAAACAAAGAAACAAACGAACACACAUCCGGAUCGUUUACGCACCGAGGCAAGAAACGAUCUCAAAAUCUUCAGCCAGGAUGCUAACGUCCCGGAUGGCUCGUGAAAUCCAUCAAUUAAAGUCCUGAUUCAGAGUGAUGCUACACACCGCAUCCAAUCGCGCAUAAUCUAGGUUAAAACAAAAACGGAUCAGUGUCAAAGAGAGAGUGCAUCGUCGCUGAAGAGCUGCAGGUUGGUGCGAAUCGCUGGGUGAACGACACCUCUAAAGGACAAACAUACAAAAUAUUAUAAAUGUACAUAACAGUAAGUAAUGUGUAAUUUUACGUCUUGUUUUACUAGAUAAAACAAAGUGUAAAAGAGAGGGUAGUAAUACGUGUGUUGUACCAUGAAAACAUCUGUUAAUGUAGUAUUUAUUUCUACCGCUAAAUAUCACGAGCUAAAAAUGGUAAUUUAAGUAAAGUGUAACGAUUAAAAAUUUGGUAAGAUUUUUUGUAA